CUUGUAGAUCCUGCGGGAUCUAACUUAGUUUCCGUCAAUUUCAAUGUCACCGACCCCAUGAGCUUCAAAACCCCCGACAAUGUGCCGCAGAUUGCAUUGGAGGAGGUUGAGGCACUUAAAGCCAUUUACAUGGAGGACUUUAGAGAAGAACUCGUGCCCGUAAAGUCUGCAUGGAAAGUGGCCCCACAGAGAGAAUAUAGCAUUCAUUUGGUACCGCAUGGAGAGGAAUUUAAAGACCAUGUAAGCGUUGUACUUGCAUUCAGAUUCAAUAGAAAGUAUCCGGCAGAAGUACCGACCCUUGUGAUUCGCAAGGAGAAGGGCGUUUCCGAUGCACAGAUCGACGAAUUACAGCGUGCUGUCAUAGACUAUGCACAACAGCUGAAGGGACAGGAAAUGAUAUUUGAUAUUACUACCUUCAUCCAAGAUUACCUGUCAAGGCAUAAUAGCGUUAUCCGUGGAAUUAAGCAAGUAUCUUUCUUUGAGCAAAUGCGAGAUAGACGCGAGCAGGCAGAUAAGGCGGAGCAAGAGCGGGCCUUAAAAGAACUGGAGAAACAUCGGCAGGACGAAGAAGAAGCAAUGAAUGAACAAAACAUGACCCUUGCUUCUCAAAUACAAGAAGAGAUUGAGAAGAAGCAAGCUAAGAUGAGAGAACAGAGAGAUAAGCGCAAGAAGCAGACUGAUCCAAAUGUUGAGCUUGCGCGAGCGCAAACACCUCCAACAUCCAUCGGCUCAGUACCGCAGUUUUCGCUCGAUUCUAUUGCUAAAGGUCCCCGUAUUCAUAAAGGUCUUCUUAGCACGUUGUACAUUGUCCGCAUGGGGGCGCAAGCCGACACCGAUGAGGAACGACUAGUUCUCAAGCAGAUCUUUGUGUCCAAUCCGCAUUAUAUAUCCGGAGAAGGGAAAAAGAAGCUCUUUGACGCGUACGCUGAGUUGCAAAAGCUCAUAUCUAUACGGCAUCCCAACAUUGUCACAAUCUACGAUUCUCGCAUACAAAAGGUGGACAGUUCAUGGCGGCUGGACAUCCUGCUUGAGCAUUGUCGAGGAGGAUCGUUAGAGGAAUUGGUCACAAGGAGCGGAGGAGUCAAGCUGAGUGUAGCCAGAAGCUAUAUGAAACAACUUUUGAAGGCUGUCGCGUAUCUUCAUUCACAGAAUACUAUUCACAAAGAUAUCAAAUGCCGAAACGUUUUAUUCUCUAGCGGCGCCAACCAGGAUGAAGAAAUCAAGCUCUCUGACCCGCUGUAUGCUCGAAGACUGCUGGAUCUCCAUAAAACUCGUCCCUUAAACCCGUCGCUUCCCCAAGAGAAGCCAAUUCCCGACGGCUGGGUUACACCAGAGCUGGUCGAUCGACCCGGCGUUUAUGGUCGAAAGAGUGAUAUUUGGAGCCUAGGGAGGACAUUCUUGGAGAUGGUUUUAGGUUCCACAGUAUAUCGUCAUAAAGACUUCAAUGAGAUACGCGGGAGAGUCAAAACGAUAUCCGAUGAAUUUCAUUCUCUUCUGUCGCAAAUGAUUUCGAAAGAUCCAAAGGACCGCUCCACGGCAAUGGAACUGCUGAAACAUCCUUUUUUCGACGAUGUGGACGUUGUGGAUUUACCCAUUGCACUGGAGGUCAUGAUGAGUGCAUCAGCUGUGCCUAGUCCUGCGGACUCGUUCCGGCGAGAGCCUCCCCCUCCAACGCCACAAAAGCAGUCGCAUCUGACAAUCGCACCUCAAGCAAGCAUUUUUGCUACCCAAACGUUAUCUCGGUAUCGACUUGAUUUUGAGGAACUCGAGUUCCUUGGUAAAGGAGGAUUUGGCGAGGUUGUGAAAGCCCGGAACCGAAUAGACGGCCGCUUUUACGCUAUCAAGAAGAUUCGGCUGGAUCCAAGGGACCGCGAGGGAAAUAAACGAAUUCUUCGUGAAGUCCAGACUCUGUCACGACUGCAUCACCAAUUUGUCGUCCGAUACUAUCAGGCAUGGUUCGAAGACGCUGCCGGUGAAACCUGGCAUGAUGACUCCGAAGACUUGGAAUCCGAUUCAGAUAGCGAAGGAGCAGAGUCAGCAAUCUCCGACGACGAGCACGACAGUAUAGAGGCGAGCUUUGAAAAUGACUGGCUUUCCUUCAAAGAGACGUCGAAAAGUUACCCAAGUGUGUCCAUAUCGUUUGGCCAUGGUGGGGAUCACACUACAUCCUCUGAAGCGGAACCUAUGGAUGACGAUGAGGACUCACAUGACGAGUCGGCAAGCCCGUCCACUGAUAGCCUGUCUCGUUCAUCGUCCCAUCGGGUCUUGUACAUACAGAUGGAGUAUUGUGAAAAUAAGACGUUAAGAGAUGUCAUAAAUGAGGGCGUUGACGAUGAAGAAGGUUGGAGGCUGUUUCGACAGAUCUUGGAAGGUCUGGCACACAUUCAUUCGCAGGGGAUGAUACAUCGGGAUUUAAAGCCCAGUAAUAUAUUCUUGGACGCAAACGGCAAUGUUAAGAUUGGCGAUUUUGGACUGGCGUUAUCGAGAGACGACGAUAUGGUGCCGAAGAUUCAGCUGAAUGGUGCAGACACCAGCGCCUUGGAUCCUGAAGCCUCGCUGACCGGAGAUGUUGGCACGCCCGUUUACGUUGCUCCAGAAGUAAUCAGCAAAAACGGAAAGUACAAUUCGAAAGUAGAUCUCUACUCUUUGGGGAUCUGCUUUUUUGAGAUGUGCUAUCCAUUUUCGUCAGGAAUGCACCGGGCAAUUGUUCUGCGAGAUUUGCGUCUACCAAGUAUCACCAUGCCCAAAGACUUUGAUCUCAAACGAUACGAGGCCCAGACAGAGAUCAUCAAAAUGCUUCUAAAUCAUGUGCCGAAGGAGCGGCCGAGCUCCUUGGAAUUGUUGCAAUCUCCGUUAUUGCCGCCUAAGUUGGAAGAAGAAUAUAUCAGUGAAGCACUUCGAAGUAUUGUUAACCAGAACAAUCCCCUCUACUAUUCGCGUCUGGUUACCUCAAUCUUCGCACAGUCGACCGAUAAGCACAAAGACUUCACCUAUGAGUUCAAUAGCAAUGCGCUCAGCAUAGACCAAUUAAGCGGAUUGGUCACGACACGGAUGCAUGCGCAUGCCCUGAGGGUGUUUCAGAGACACGGAGCGAUGGACGUCCCUUCUCCAUUGCUGAUGCCCAAGUCGGACUUGUAUGAUGCAUCCUCGCUGAAGAAACCUGUUGAUUUGCUUGAUUCUUCUGGAAAUAUUGUGCAUUUACCGUAUGACUUGACGGCGCCGUUUGCCAGACUCGUUGCGCGCGUAUCGCAAAAUAUCGGUAUGCUGCCGUUGAAGAGAUAUUGUAUUGAUCAUGUAUACCGCUGUAACACGGUAGGAGGACAACCUCGAAGUGUCCUCGAAUGCGAUUUCGAUAUUAUUACACCUAAUUUGGGCAACAUGUCACCUGAUGCGGAAGUUAUAAAAGUGGUAUUCGAAAUUAUGGAAGUGGCGGCAACAAAAUAUAGCAAUUUGUCCCAGUUCGAGAUACGUAUCAACCAUUGCUCUUUGCUCGACGCUGUAUUCGAUAGCUGCAAAAUGCCUCCCGAUGGACGCAUACGUCGCAGAGUGUACCACGUCCUGGAGCAACUAGAAAAGCCAAUGGGGUGGUCGCAAGUCCGGACACAUCUUUGCUCCAAUGGUGUGCCUCCAGAGGUUGCCAACGAACUUGAAAAGUUUCAUCUUGCCAAAGGUCCCUUUGAAGCAGCCGCGAGUCGCUUGGAAGCCAUGGUGGAUCCACGAGUGCGCUCUGCCGUGAGAGACGUGGUCAGCCAGCUUCGUGUUUUGACGCGGCAUUUGCAACACCUUGGAAUCAAGAACCGGGUUACUUUUGUCCCCUUAUUGGCAUACAAUGCGAAUUACUAUAAGAGUGGGCUCAUGUUCCAAGUUGCCGUCAGCGGGAAGAAAAAGCUCGAUGUCAUGGCUGCGGGCGGGCGAUAUGAUCACUUAUUGACACAAUUCCGCUAUCCAUUCGGACCAAGCAAGAAGCUACAUGGAGUUGGUGUCCAUUUUGCCUUGUCAAAAGCGAUAUCGGCGAUGGUUGCUGAGCAGGCGGAGCAUCUACGCCGCAAAAUGGCACCAAAGGGUGACGAACAGAAGUUAUCCUUAGGCACUCUUGCCCGUCGCGCAGACGUGCUGGUCGCGUCAUUCGGAAAGUCGUCGGGAGCAGUCGAGGAGCGGAUGGCCGUCAUUGCAGAGUUGUGGAACGCUGGGAUAUCUGCGGACAUGGUGUACCAGGACGUACAAUCACCGCAAGAUGUGAUUCAACAGGCCGAAGCACAAGGAUACAUACUAUCCGUAUUCAUAAAGCACAGAAAUAGCGAUGUGAAGGGUGGUCUGAUCAAAGUUAAAAACCUCCACACCAGGUUUGAGGAAGAGGUAUCCCGAAGUGACUUGGUUGCUCAUGUUCAAAGUGAAAUUGGUGAACAUCUGCGCAUGGAACCCACCCAGCACGGGAAGUCCCGACGGGCAGACAUGAACGCGCUAAGCGACACUGCAGCGGUUCACAAGGAAUUGGAAGGUGGUAGCAAUGAUGUUCCAUUAGAAAUGGAUAGAAUGUUUGUGGUGCAGCCACCCUGGAAAAAGGGAAAGUUGAAGCAUAAAGAGAAGCUGAUGACCAUGGAACGAGCGGCACAUUCCAUAUCGAAUAUGAUAUCUGGAUUGCGACGUGGCAUGGUAUUUGCCCUAGAUCUGCCUGACCGGGUCGUGAAGCGCUUGACGGAGACCGAUUUAAAUCAAAGUGAAGACUCAUUUCGCAAGACUUUUGAAACCCUGCCUUCCAAUCAACGAGAAUACCUGUGCCAAAUUAAGCGGCUAAUCUUGAGGCAUCAUACUCAGGACGACCAGAAUCAUUUCUGGCUUUACUCCAUUUUGGAUAAUGUAGCUCAUCUCUAUUUCUUUUCAUGAGCUACGACGCGACCUUGACACGAAAGUUCACCAGAACAAGAGGGGCAUGGUUACCUAUAAUCCUCUCAUGUACCAUAAUGUUUAUAGUUCCCAUCACCACCAUGCUUAAUCUUUGUUUAUUGAAUAAUAUACAGAUAUUACAAUUAUUCCGA